AUGGCUGCGAGUUCUGCGCCCGCGGCUUCGCUGCUGAAGCGACAGCUCAAAGAGAUGCAGGCGGGCAGGGACCUUCCCGGAAUCUCAUGCGGCCUCGUCAACGACGACAACAUCUUUGAGUGGGAAGUGAUGCUCAUGAUCAGCGACGACUGCAAAUACUAUGGCGGAGGAAACUUCCGUGCCCGUCUAUCGUUCCCACCGAGCUACCCGCAUAUGCCUCCCUCUCUUACCUUCCAGGACCCAAUUCCCUUUCACCCCAACAUCUACGAAAAUGGGAAGCUCUGCAUCUCCAUCUUGCACCCGCCCGAGGAUGACGAGUACGGCUACGAGGAUGCAUCUGAGCGCUGGAGUCCUGUCCAGACACCUGAGAGUAUCCUGAUCAGUACCAUCAGCCUUUUUCACAGCCCCAACGACGAGAGCCCUGCCAACGUCGAGGCCGCGCGAAUGUUCCGUGAGGAGAGGGAGGGCAAGCAUAAGGAUUUCAGAAGACGCUGCAGGAAAUGCGUAAGGGAGAGCCUGGGAGAGGAUUAG